UGGAAAUGGGUGACAUUUCGACAACACGAUCUCGUCCCCGAAUGAAGGAUUAUCAUAACUUCUCAAAUGCGACAAAAUGAAGUAUAAUCAUUCAACAUCGAGAUGACCGUGAAUCCAACGGUAGACUGGAGAUACUAAGGUAGCGCAAGUCACAAAGUAAAAAAUGGCGGCGAAGAAGGCGUCCAAGAACAAAGAUGAUCUCGAUGCUCUGCUACAAGAAGCAACAAGUUUGUUUGGAGAAAAAGAAAUAUCACGGAAGAGUAGAAAAGGCCGGAGUGAUUUGGAAUUUUAUAGGGACUCCACCACUGGUUUGAAGAAAUACAAGCAUAAGUAUCGGCCUCGCGAAAAAAAGGUGACGAAUGCGUCGCUCUGCAGUGCAACAGAAGAAGAUUGCGAUCCGAGUUUAGAUUUGGGAGAUGAUGAUGUACAACCUACAUGUCAUGAGAUGUCACCACCAUCAAUUGUCAAGCAAGAUGACCUCGAAGCUGCACUUGCAAAAUGUGAAGAGGUUCUUUCCACAUUUCAAAUUGCAUCUUCCAAGAAUUGGGAAACACGGAUGUCUAAUUUGACCUCUAGUUGGGACAACACCAGGAAGCAGCUAAUAGAGGCAGUCCUUAGCUGUGAGGGCCGCCCCUCUCCAGACAUUUGCAGCAUUUGUUUGGAAGGCAAAGUCUGUAUACGAUUUAUGGAGUGCCCAAAACAGUGUAUGUGCCAUUCAUAUGAUGAAAAGGUUCACAAGUCUUUGCCUUUUCACGACAGAGAUGCAUAUGUAAAUGGGUACUUUCAUGCUAAUCCCCCAAUUGUUGGAGUUGAUGGAAAAGGUUAUCACCAAAUAAUAGAUAAGUCUUUUCCAGUCCCUAAUAUACCAGAUCAAUGUUCAAGUUGUAAAGAGGCUGGAGUCAUACAACAAGUUCCAUCUUCUGGUUUCCUAAUAAUAGUUAAUGAAAAAGGACGAUAUGAUUUGAACAAAGUCAUAAUCCAGUGUUCCAAUUGCAACAGUAUCAUUCUAUCCUGGUCUCUGAUUGAUGUUGUACAAGCAGGGUUUUGGUGUGGGAGUCCCACUGACACCAGUUAUGUGUUUGACCAACAAUUAUUCAGGUUAUGGGAUUCAAUCCAAAAAAGAAUGCCUGGGACAUCAGAAAGCUCCUUUAUUCAUGCACUUGNUUUUCGUGAGAUUUGUCAUGUGGGAGCUUAA